UCGUCGUCGUAGUGGUCUCGUCGUCACCGUCAGUGGUCGUCGGUUCGUUGUCCCGUAACGCCGCCGCUUACUGCCGGCUGAUCACUGUGGUCCCAACACGCGCGCCGUACGCACACACGAUCGUAACAAUAAUAAUAAUAAUAAUAAUAUUAUUAUAUUACUAUUGUCGUCGUCGCGGUGUUAGUCUAUAAUAUUAUAUUAUAUUAUAAAUUAUUUUUAUAAUAUAUUGUUAUUUUUCGCGACCAGAUAUAAUUAUACAUUGUUGUUAUUAUUAUUGUUGUCGUCGUCGUCGUCGUUUCGAUAUAUCGCCAACAAACUGUACAAUAUUAUUAUUUGUACACGAGCGGCCGCCGUCCAUUCGCGGCAUUCAAUCGCUGCACUGCUUGGGAUGCGGCACAGUUGAUUGUCGCAGACCUUCGUCCUAUAUAUAUCGUCGCAAUAGACUUGAGACGAUAAUAUAAUAUUAUACGUUGCAACCGCCGGAAAAUCGGAAACGGCUGCAAAAAAUCGUUUUGUGGAAGAAUACCGGAAGUGAGCCUAUACAAAAGCUGUUUCGGCAGAUGAACCUAGACAUGGCUCUGGGGAGUGCAGCUCCCACGAGCUUCCAACACCGCUGCGGGGUGACAACGGCUCUCAUAUUGAUCGUCUGUGUGGCACUAACAAAGUCUGCACCGACGACUUACGAUGAAAUGGAAUCAAAACGGACAGAUCUCGCAGACUAUUUUAAUGACCCAAAUGGCUGUUACUAUAAUUAUCAACAUUACGAAGAAGGUGAUCGCAUAGUGACCAACGAACCGUGUUUGAACUGUACUUGCCACAAUAGAAUGCUGAUGUGUUACCUGAGAGUGUGUCCAUUUUCAAAAGCCAUUGGACAAGACUGUACGGUACAAAAAUCGCCCGAUCAAUGUUGUCCCGUCAUAUCUUGCCCGGAAGUGCCAGUACACCUCUUGACCAGUUCGACCACGCCGACGCCAACUACAACAACUGAAAUUGGAUGGCACGACAAUUAUGGAUGCAUGAUGGACGAAAACGAAUUCUUUCCCGAUGGGGCGCAGGUUCCACCCAAUCCGGAAAAACCGUGUGAACUCUGUUAUUGUAUCAGAAACCGAACAGCUUGCAUUAUGCAAGAGUGUACGUUACACGUGGAAGGUUGUCGACCAGUAUACCAUGAAGGUGUUUGUUGCCCUAUUCGAUAUGAUUGUGAUUAUGAAAGUGAAAAAUCUACUACUUCGGCUCCACAAAUCUCCGGUGGACUAGUUUUUUCCACUACUUCCGCGCCAUUUGAUUGCCGAGUUAACGACGACGUUUACCGAGAUGGAGAGUCUAUUGCUAUGGUCUCGGAAAAACCUUGUGAACAUUGCUAUUGUAUGAGAGGUGAUAUCGUGUGUGCAGUUCAAGACUGCGGUGAACCACUCAGAGGAAAAGACUGCACACCGGAAACACCGCCGGCUGGUCAAUGUUGCCCCACUUCGUAUCAAUGCGCAAAUGAAACGAACAAUUCAUAUGACAUGACGACGUUACAGCCAGUAUUGCUAAGCGAUUCGGACGAAAACGAAGCCGAAAAAUUCCCUAUAAAUGAGGAUAUAUAUAAUAAACUGGGAGAAAACCAACCAACAAGUGAACAAGACGAAGGAAAUGAUGUUGAGUCUGAGCAUACCGUGACAACUCCUCCAGAAAAUCAUAAUACAAUAGGAGAAACAAAUAAUAUACCAGAAAGUGAUAGUGUAAACAAUUUUAACGAUAAAAACAAGCAGGAAACUUCAAGUGCAACACCAAAUUUAACAAAUCAGGAUAACUUUGGUACCGAACCUGAACAAGCUAAUUAUGACACUACAAACAAACCAGAUGAGCCAAUAUUAAUCGACACAGUGCAGCCAACACAAUUACCAGCAUCUGAUCCAUCAACAAAUGAAAAUGCUGUUAGUCCUUCUACUCAGACAGUUCCUAAUAAAGAUAAUAACGUAAAGGUUGGCGAAGAAAACAAUAGUAAUGAAAUUUCAGAUAAAGACCCAACUCACGACAAUCAUACGUCCAACUUACCAGUUUCAUCAACAGAAAAUAAACAGGAAGAAGCUAUAUCUGGGACAGAAAUUCCCAAAGUAGAAAACGAACCUACUGAACAAAAUAAACCAGUAGUAGACAUCACUUCGGGAGCUGAAAACCAACAGGAAUCUGAUAAGGCACCAAUAGAACAAAACAAUCAAGAUAGUCCACAGUCAGAAAAUGUAUCUGUAACUGAAAUUCCAAAAGCAGAAAAUGAACCUACUGAACAAAAUAAACCAGUAGUAGACAUCACUUCAGGAACUGGAAACCAACCGGAAUCUAAUAAGGCAUCAAUAGAACAAAAUAAUCAAGAUAGUCCACAGUCAGAAAAUGUAUCUGUAACUGAAAUUCCAAAAGCAGAAAAUGAACCUACUGAACAAAAUAAACCAGUAGUAGACAUCACUUCGGGAGCUGGAAACCAACAGGAAUCUGAUAAGACACCAAUAGAACAAAAUAAUCAAGAUAAUCCACAGUCAGAAAAUGUACCUGUAACUGAAAUCCCAAAAGUAGAAAAUGAACCAGUAGUGGACAGUACUUCGGGAGCACAAAAUCAACCGGAAUCAAGUACGACAUCAGUAAACCAAAUAAAUCAAGACAAUUCUCAAUCAGAAAAUGUAUCUCCAACUGAAAUUCCCCAAGUGGAAAAUGAACCUACUGAACAAAAUAAACCAGUAGUUGACAACUCCUCGGGAACUGGAAACCAACCGGAAUCCGAUAAGACACCAGUCGAACAAAUAAAUCAAAACAAUCCUCAAUCAGAGAAUGUAUCUCCAACUGAAAUUCCCCAAGUAGAAAAUGAACCUACUGAACAAAAUAAACCAGUAGUUGACAUCGCUUCGGGAACCGGAAACCAACCAGAAUCUGAUAAUACACCAGCAGAACAAAUUAAUCAAGACAGUCCUCAAUCGGAGAAUGUAUCUCCAACUGAAAUUCCCCAAGUAGAAAAUGAACCUACUGAACAAAAUAAACCAGUAGUUGACAUCGCUUCGGGAACCGGAAACCAACCAGAAUCCGAUAAUACCCCAGUAGAACAAAUUAAUCAAGACAGUCCUCAAUCAGAGAAUGUAUCUCCAACUGAAAUUCCCCAAGUGGAAAAUGAACCUACUGAACAAAAUAAACCAGUAGUUGAUAUCGCUUCGGGAACCGGAAACCAACCAGAAUCCGAUAAUACACCAGUAGAACAAAUUAAUCAAGGCAGUCUUCAAUCGGAGAAUGUAUCUCCAACUGAAAUUCCCCAAGUGGAAAAUGCUACUGAACAAAAUAAACCAGUAGUUGACAUCGCUUCGGGAACCGAAAACCAACCAGAAUCCGAUAAUACACCAGUAGAACAAAUUAAUCAAGGCAGUCCUCAAUCGGAGAAUGUAUCUCCAACUGAAAUUCCCCAAGUAGAAAAUGAACCUACUGAACAAAAUAAACCAGUAGUUGACAUCGCUUCGGGAACCGGAAACCAACCAGAAUCUGAUAAUACAUCAGUAGAACAAAUUAAUCAAGACAGCCCUCAAUCGGAGAAUGUAUCUCCAACUGAAAUUCCCCAAGUAGAAAAUGAACCUACUGAACAAAAUAAACCAGUAGUUGACAUCGCUUCGGGAACCGGAAACCAACCAGAAUCCGAUAAUACACCAGUAGAACAAAUUAAUCAAGGCUAUCCUCAAUCGGAGAAUGUAUCUCCAACUGAAAUUCCAAGUACACAAAAUGAACCUACUGAACAAAAUAAACCAGUAGUUGACAGCACUUUGGGAACUGAAAACCAACCAGAAUCUGACAAGACACCAAUUGAACAAGAUAAUCAGAGUAGUCCUCAGUCAGGAAUUGUAUCUCCAACUGAAAUUCCUCAAGUAGAAAAUGAAUCUACUGAACAAAAUAAACCGGUAGAUGACGGCGCUCUGGGAACUGGGAACAUACUGGGAUCCGAUAAGACACCAGUUGAACAAAUAAAUCAAGACAGUCCUGUAUCAGAGAAUGUAUCUCCAACUGAAAUUCCAACUACACAAAAUGAACCCACUGAACAAAAUAAACCAGUAAUUGAUAGCACUUCGGGAACUGGCAACCAACCAGAAUCUGAUAAGAUACAAACAGAACAAGAUAAUCAGGGUAGUCCUCAGUCAGAGAAUGUAUCACCAACUGAAAUUCCCAAAGUAGAAAAUGAACCUACUGAACAAAAUAAACCAGUAGUUGACAACGCUUCGGGAACUGAAAACCAACCGGAAUCCGAUAAGACACCAGUAGAACAAAUAAAUCAAGACAGGCCUCAAUCAGAGAAUGUAUCUCCAACUGAAAUUCCAAAUGCAGAAAAUGAACCCACUGAACAAAAUAAACCAGUAAUUGACAGCAUUUCAGGGGUUGGCAACCAACCAGAAUCUGAUAAAACACAAACAGAACAAGAUAAUCAGGGUAGUCCGCAGUCAGGAAAUGUAUCUCCGACUGAAAUUCCCCAAGUGGAAAAUGAACCUACUGAACAAAAUAAACCAACAGUAGAGAGCACUUCGGGAAUAGGAAACCAACCGGAUAAGACACAAUCAGAACAAAAUAAUCAUGAUAGUAUACAGUCGGAAAAUGUAUCUCAAACUGAAAUUCCAUCCAAACAGUCUGAAAAUAAAAUACCUGAAAGUAAUCCUAUUCAAACAGUUGCACCAGUAGCUUCAGAAAACGAUGCAUCGACAGAACAACCAAAUGAAGAAAAUAAUAUAUUUGUUGUAUCGCCAACAUCACCACCGCUGUUCUCGGAUAAUCAAGUUAAAGUUGAACAAUCUCCUUCAAUAAUCAAUGAAAACAAUACCAAUGACAAGACUGUUGAAGUUCCAAAACCAUCAGCUGAUGAUAAAACGUCAGUUACUGAAAACACUGAUACGGCUAACAAAUUACCAGAAACUCACACUGAAUUAGUUACAGAAAGCCAAAAUGUAGAUGAAAAUAAUAAAAAUUCAAUAAACAUAAAACCAGUUGAUAACAAUGUGAAUAGUGUUGCUAGGCCGGAUACUCCAGUUAAUUCUCAUGAUCAAUUACCCGCCAUCGCUGAACAUAACGAUAAUAGGUUUGGUUCGAACAAUCCAGUAAGUUUGGAACCAGUGUUUACGCCAACGACUGAAAUAAAUUAUGAUGUUAACACAGAAGUAAUUAAUCACGACCCUGCAUCUCAAGAAAAUCUACCCAUCGACGUACAUCAAGGCGAAGAAAACGAAAACGCACCUAAUGCCGAUUCAGUAAACCAACAGAUCACUCAUCAAACUGAAACUCCGACUGAAUCAGAAGUGUCGACAAAUAAUUAUCAGUCGUCUGCCGAUGAACAAGCAAAUUAUGUUACUACUACUUCACCACAACAGCAAAUAGAUGAAAAUAAUAUUCAUACAGUACAUCCUCAAGUUAUUAAUCCUGGUGAACAAAUAACUACACAAGACGAAACGAAAAAACCAAACGACGAGUUGACAAACGGUUCAUUCGAUCAAUCUUCUGAAAAAUAUGUACCAACUGAAUCACCUGUAUUACAUAGUAUACAUAAUGAAACACCAGAACAAAACAAUCAAUAUGAAAGCGUUACUUCUCAAGUACAAUCACUAGACGAGAAUGUUAACGAGAUUGUAGAUCAGACGUCAGUUUACCCAGAUACCUCAUCAGAUGAAAAAAAUAAUUUAGUUACAAGCACUGCAUCAUAUCUUAAUAACGGAGAGAAUGUUCAACCUUCAUCAGAUAAAGUAGAAGCUGGCUUAAAUUCACAAGUAUCCGAUGAAAAACCAGUUAAAAAUACAAACGAAGACGUUUCGGUCGAAAGUGCAACUAUUCAAACGAUUUCAGGAAAUAUAGAUAAUAAUGCAGACAAUUUAGUAACAACAAAUAACUAUGCUGAUUUGCCAUCUACAGAUGCACCUGGAAGUCAAAUUGUUGAAAACGAAGGAAGUUCACCGGCAAAUCCAUCUAAUACUGUUGAAACGAACGUAAAUAAUGAUCGACCUGAAAAUGUUGUACCACAAAUCAGUUCUAAUGAAGCACCAACACAGCACAGCGAGGAUGAUAGCUCAACAAAUAGCCCUAUCCAAGAAUCUCCGAAUGUGAACAUUAUCAAUGAUGUGGAGACAAGUACCAAUGUACCAUAUCAACCAGAAAGCCCUAAUGAUAUAAUUCAAGAUCCAAAUACUGAAUCAGAAGUAUAUACAACUCAGUCAUCAAUUGAUGAACAAACAUUAAAUGUUAAUGGAAAACCAUCUGAAGAUUCACAAAAUGCUGAUAAACCAUUAGUAUCGAAAACGCCCGAUUAUGUUAUAGAUAUAACAACAUCAGUUUAUAGUGAAUCAUCGAACGCUCCGGAAUUAAUCAUAACAAACGAACCAGUAGAUUCUAUAAGUGAAAUAACCACGUUUAAUGUGGACAAAAAUAGUGAUGUGGUAACAGAAUCUUAUGAAAACGUACAACCAGGAGUACCAGGGGAGGGAAGCUGUUUGAUCGAUUUUGUGACUUAUGCACACAAAGCUGAAGUACCAAAAUCUAACCCAUGUCAUGAAAAAUGCGAGUGUUUAAAUAGCAUAGUCACGUGUACUUCUGUAAACUGCCCACCCGCACCGCCACAACAUAGAAAUUGUAUACCGUUACACCCAGGAAACGAAUCGUGGUGUUGCCCAACAUACAUGUGUGAAGGAGGCAUAGAAGGGAUGUUGUUCGACAGUCAUAAUCAACUUGGUUCUCCUCAAUUAAUAUCCACAGUAGUAUUAGAAGAUAAGCCAAGUGAAGGAAAUGACGAAAAACCUCAAACAGACGAUGAAGUUUCAAGCACGCCUAGUCCUCAAAUUUCUCAAGAAUACAACACUUUAGCACCAUCUCAAUUUGAUUCCAACUCUAAUAUAAAUUCUGAAGGUGAUAUCGGUGUUACUGAAGUUCCAGCAAAUACUGAAAUUCCUUACAAGCCAGUAGAAGAUUUUGUAGCUACAGAUAACGAAAAUAAUUCACCAGUAACUGAUGUUAAUCUUGAAACAAUUGAAAACGAAAAACCAGCCAAUAAUGAUAAACCAGAAGAAAACAAUAAGCCAAUUGAAAAUGAUCAACUGACAGAAAAUAAUAAGCCAACUGAAAUAGAUCAACCAAUUGAAAAUCCAAAACCAAUCGAAAAUAUUGAAGCUGAUUCUACGACAAUUUCUUACGGAACUGAUGAUCAAUCAAUAACAAACAAACCAGAAACGCUAAAUAAUAACGAAGAACAAAAUGUAUUACACAACACAGUCAACGAAUCUCAAGACUAUCUAGCACCAUCAACCCAAGUGCCAGAGAACUAUGAGCCUGCAGUUACUAAUGUACUACCAACUAGUGAUCAAAACCGGCCAGAACAAAACUCCGAAUCAGACGUUUCGAUAUCCGUCACUACGUAUAAGCCCAGCGAUUCUAUUUUAAAUCAACAACAAGUUGAUACCGAUAACAAAGCAAGUGAAGAAGCUAAUAAUGCACCCACCAAUGAAGAUUCCAACACAAACCCUACUGCUAUAGUAACGGAAUUGCCUUUGGGUGAAAUUAAUCCUUCAGAAGUCGGAACUCAAACGCCCACAAUUAUAGCCGACGAAAAACCUAUGAUUUCUGGAAAUAAUGUCGAUGGCUUAAGACCAACAAGUAUUGACGACAUUAUUUCGUCAGUUUACUUAGUCAAGGACUCAGUUAAAAACUCAUUAGAAACUUCAUCAAAACCUACUGAAACUUCGGUUGAAGAAGUUGGAUUAUUCGAAGACAGUCAUCAAUCGACAAUUGUGCCGGAAAAUUCUUCACCGGAUCAAUACAAUAAUGAAUCUCAAACCACAGUAAGCAGUGUAGACAGUGCUCCAGAAACACAAAAAAUAAAUGUGAUUAAUGAAAUCUUGCCAGAAAAUCCUUCGUCCGCGACGGAAGCAAACAUUUCCCUGCCGUCCGAAAACGCCGCCGACGGAUUGGCGGGAGUUACCCAGAUUCCAAACAUUUCACCACAAUACGAAGUAAAUUCUGCAGAACAAGGAGUAUCUACCGAUUUACCAUCAAAUGGUCCUGAAGUUGAGGCAACAGUUGACGAUAGUAAAACUCCAGUUGAAUCUCCAACAACGCAAAACUUGCCAAGUUCUGGUGAGCAGGACUUAACAGACAACAAUGGACCGGAAACUCCUAGCAAUCCGAUCCUGACCCAAAUUCAGAACGCCGGUGAACCAAGUACCGACUCGUCACCGCCAGAAAUAGCUGUAGUAGUUGAUGACAACAAAACACCUGAGACAAGCGUACCGUUGACAGUACAACAUGAAGUACCUGUUGAUGAUACAGUAGCAACAGUGAAGCCGGCCGAGGAAGAGAAACCAGAUGACGUAAAUAUUCCAAUCACAUCGGAUUCAGACGUACCAGCGGAAGUCCUGACUCAAUCGGUGGUAACUGGCCGACCAGUAGUCAGUACUCCAAACGGCAACGACAAUAGGUUCGGUGAACCGAGCAGUUCGUCGUUCCGUCCACCUGUCCAUGUAGGAGACGACAACAACCACGGAAAUGAACAUCAACGUCCGGAAACCGGAGACGCUGUGCACAUUCCACUUGACACUGAAACGCCUGCGUUCAACCCUUCUACAAAUGCCCCGCUCGCAAAUUACCCACAAAAACCUUCGUACACACCAAUCCCACAAUCAACGUGGACACAAAAACCAUUCCACCAGGAUUCCACCUCUGAAGCGCCUUUGCAACCAGAUCAAGGUUACCCGGACGAGUACGAAGAUGAAAAUGAAGCAGUUUACGGGCCAGGCACAUGCAGAUACGGUGGCAAGGUAUAUGUAUCUGCUCAGCAAGUGCCCAGAGACGACCCGUGCGAUUUCUGUUUCUGUUUCCGAGGCGAUAUAAUUUGCCUACAACAGAGCUGCCCACCUCCCAUAUUCGGAUGCUACCAGGAGAACAUCCAAGGUUUCUGUUGUCCCCGUUACGAAUGUCCAGUGGCCCAGGCCACGUCUGUCAACGUUACCACAACUACCACUUCAACCACAACCAUGGUACCACCUCAUUUCUUCGCCAACGCCUACCGAGGAGCGGCCAGACGUACCGGAUGUCUUAUUCACGGGCACGCUUACCGCGUAGGCGAAGACGUAGGAAUUGCCUCUGGUCCUUGUCUCGAAUGCAUAUGCGGUUCCGACGGCAAAAUGAAAUGCGAUCCUAAACCUUGCAGUCCAGAGCCUUUGCUCAGAAAAAUGAUGGCCGAAGCAGUCGAGCAAAAGAAGAGGUAAAUGACAAGAAAAAACUUCAACGACUAAGUGCCAAAUACCACAGUUAACGACAACACGAGCAACGAGAACCAAAAGUAGACGACCGUCAAUUUUUUUUUAUUUUACCUUUUUUACUUUUUUUCUCAUUAUCAACUACACCGCACGAAAUGUCCAUUUUCGCGGCAUUACGUUGCUCAAUAUAUUAAUACCAUCACUAUUACGACGAAAAAAAAGACAAACAUGGUAUGCCAUCGUGAAAACAUUGGAGACUGGUUCUAAUGAGUAUUUUAUAUUUAUUACUUUUAGUUUAUAUAAAAAAAAAUAGGGCUAGUUAUUUAUUGUAGUAAGAAACCUUUAGAAAAAAACGUUAAUUGUUAACAUCAAUUUUUUUCCAAGCGAUUUUAUGCAACUGAAUUAAAUUUAAUUUAACUAUACGAUUAGAAAUUUAGAAAACAUAAUUAAGUAUAAUAUGUAAUAUAAAUAAUAUAAUUGUAGGCAUAAUGCCAUAAUGGUAAGCAAUACACGCCACAUUGCUACAAACAAAAAUACAAUUUUAUAAAACUUUUAUACUCUUUUUUUGUAUUGAAAAAUCUAACCGUCCAGACACAAUGAAUUCCGAAUUUUUUUUUAAAGUAAUUUUAUAUCGUAUACGUAUACGCAUCACAUCGCUGCCAUUCACUCGUAAUUUUUUAAGAAUUAGGUACGAAAUUAUCCACCCAAUUAUAUUAUAUUUCGUUUUAACCAAGACCGAUCCAGUGCUCAUGGUUUCCAAGAUGAAAUGCAAAAAAAUGUUUUAUUAUUAUUAUUAUUAUUAUUUUUGUAACGUCGGAUUUUUAUCUGAGUAGUUUAACAGGCAGAAGUCAAUUUAUCUACUUAGCCGUAUUGUGUACAUGCAUCACGAAAAUAUUAGGAAAAUCGAUAAAUAAUUUUGAAAACGUCAAAGAAUGCGUGUUUGUACACUAAAUUCAAAAGAAUUUUACUUUCGAAACGUCUUCUGCCUCUCGAACACACAGAUAAACAUACCGCACGAAUAACAUGUAAAUAUUAUAUAUUGUUCAUAAGUUUAGAUAUACAUUAUUACUUAAAAGAUAAGUUAAUGAUUAACAAUUAAUAUUAUAAUUAGGCCAAAAAAAUUGUCUACUUAAUAUAAACGAAUGUAUUUCAAAUAAUGUUUUGCCAAUAAACUAGGUACCUAGAUAUUAUGUGAACAAAUAUAUGUUUAGAUCAUAUUAUUAUAGAUUUUUUUUUUAAUUAUUAUUAACUACUGUUUAAAUUUAAUAUUGUACUUUUAUACAUAGCAUAUUGUGUGUUUUAUUGUGAAUAAUUUUUUUACUGACGUUUUUGUGAUACAAGUUAAUAAUAUUAAUAUUACCUACAAAAUGUAUUAUUUUCUUUUUUACAAAAAUAUAUUUUUAAUGCCUUGUACUUUGUUUAAAUAAUACUGUACUGCUGAAAGUUGCAACUGAUAUAUCUAUGAAAAUCUUAAUAUAAUUUUUACUUACAAACGUUA